CAGUUUGCGAUAGCCAAUGGCUUCGUUAGCAAUUCGAUGUGGAAGAAAUUUCAGCGCAUUGGAUCAUCCAUACGCGAAUGUUCCCGACGGAUGUGAUCAGAAAGCAAGUCCUCGUUCUUUGGUGGCUUUCCCCGGAAGAUUCAGGAAAUCGAGGACUCACAUUUCUUCAAUGAGGAGUUUGCAGCCAGUGAAAGGCCAUGUGAAGGGGAGAAAGAAAGGCAAUGAGGCGAUUUCUCGCGACAAGCUCGAUAAAUGGAUGAAGGAAUCGGUGGUGGAAAUUGUGAAGAAUCUUCGAGAAGCGCCUCUGUUUUUGCGGUGGUACACGACGGAGGACGGCAAGGGAGCGAGAUUGGAGACGGAGAAGGCAGUGGAGGAAAAUCGUUGGAGAACGUUGGAGGAACAGUGGAAGAACGGAGAGGCGCGGACGCCGGAAGGAAUCAUAUUCGUUCAAGAGCUUGAAGAGGAGGAUUACGAUGGGGAAUCGAAGGCGUGGGGGAUUGUAGUACAAGGAAGAUGCGUUGAACGUGGUGCGCCGGUUUGUUACUUGUUGAAGACGAGUAGUAGUAGGGGAGGGGGAGGGGUAGGGCUGUGGUGCACGCAUUUCUGUCUCGUUAGGGUUAAGAACUUCAGAGAGACGACGAAAUCGCAGCUGAAGAAUUGCUGGUUGCUGCAGAAUCAGUGAAAUUGCCAACUUAGAAAAUAUUUUAAUAUCUCUAGAAAACAAUUUUAUUUGACUUUUUUUUUUUUUUUAAUAUGAAAAUGUCGUCUCUCCGGACGUAACGAUAACAGAGAAUAUAUAUCUAUAUAUAUAACGUUUAAGACGUUGUUCCGGUGGCC